AUGAGCCACCACACCCAGCCCGAAAGAUACACUUUUGUCACUGUCAACAUGAUCAACAUCCCUUCCACACUGUAUCAGGCUGGAGGUCUCCCAGAUAAGCAUCAGCUGUGGGGAGGGGGCGGGACCUUCGCCGAAGGGCAGGGCCGAACCCGGAAGGUGGCGUCGGUGUCCGAGAGCCGCCGGGUCCACUGGCGGCCCUCAAGGGACCACGUCGCGGUGGUGGUAGACCAGGGCUCGGGCUUCACCAAGGGGGGCUUCGCGGGCGAGGACCAGCCGCGCGUAGUGCUGAAGAGCUCCAGUCUGGUGCCCAGCUGGGACCGGCCCGUGCUGCCCGGCGCGCCGGGCUGCGAGCUGGCGGGCGGCGUGGCGCGGGCGCAUCCCAUCAAGCAUGGCGUGGUGGUGGACUGGGAGGCGCUGGAAGGGCUGUGGGAGCGCCUGCUGGUGGGCGGCCUGCGGGUGUCCCCAGAGCAGUGGCCAGUGCUGGUGAGCGACUCGCCUUCUGCACCGCCCGCGGGCCGUGAGAAGGUGGCCGAGCUGCUAUUCGAGGCCCUGGCAGUGCCCGCGUGCCACAUGGCCAACACCGCGUUGUUGGCACUGUGCUCCACCGGCGUGUUCACCGGGCUGGCAGUAGAGGCGGGAGCGGGCGUGUGCCACGCCACGCCCAUCUAUGCGGGUCACUCGUGGCAGGAGGCCACCUUCCGGCUGGAUGUGGCAGGCAGCACCCUUUCCCGCUACCUGCGGGAGCUGCUGGUGUCAGGAUGCCCAGACCUCCGGGAGCAGGCUUUGCCCCGCAAGGCCAUCACACAGCUAAAGAAGCGCUGCUGCUAUGUGUCACUGGACUUUGAGAGCGAUCUCCGUAACCCUGCCCGCCACCGUCCAGCCAGCUUCUUAAUGGAUAAUGGGUGUUCCAUCCACCUUAGAAGCGAGCGUUUCCGCUGCCCCGAACCCAUCUUCCAGCCAGGUCUGGUAGGGCAGACUGAGCCGGGACUGCCCGUGCUGGCCUUCCGGGCCCUGCAUAAGAUGCCCACAACGCUGAGGACACGGCUGGCCAACACCGUGGUGCUGGCUGGUGGCUCCACUCUUUUCCCUGGCUUCCCUGAGCGUCUGGCCCUGGAGCUGGAGGCGCUGUGCCAGAGACAAGGCAACACGGCCCUGCGGCCCCGCCUGGUGGCCAAACCCAAGCGUGGUAUCGCUGUGUGGACAGGCGGCUCCAUGGUGGCCUCCUUGCACUCCUUCAAACGCAGCUGGAUGACCAGGAGUAUGUACCAGGAAUGUGGCCCUAGGUUGGUGUAUGAAGUGUUCAACUGA